AUGCAAAAUACUAACCCUAACAAUAAUAAUAGUAGCAGUCAGAAUACUAGUGAUAAUCGACAACGACAAGGUAAUCAAUAUCAAUCUGUUAAACUACCUCCAUUACAAUAUCAAUUUAAUACUCACGAAUCGAUAGUAUUACCUUCACAACAACCUAAACGAGGCCGAGGUGAACAUUUUAAUUCACAGUUUCAACAGAAUAUAAUUUCAAGACCAAUAUUAUUACUGAGCUCUCGUGAUAUCAACACCACCACUUCUACUACUAAUAUACCUAUAACUUUGCCCAGUAGUACUAAUUCUAAUAGUCAAAUCACUUCCAGUAGCAAUUCAAGAAUGUUUUCACCUAAUCCUGUGAGUCCCUUAUAUCCAGUAGUUACUACUCCAUCAUCAGCAUUAUCACCACCACAGCAUCAUCAUCAACAUCAACAACAAUCACAUAAAAAAUUCAAAACCUCAAAUUCAGGUCCUAAUACUCCAGUCACUGGUAGUGGAAUUGGAUCUCCUAGUACUGUUAGUUAUUUGGCAAAUUCAGCUAAUAUUAGUUACACCAGAAGUCAACCAUUAAAAGAUAACAACCAAACGGCUUCGACAACAACCACUAAUAAUAAUAACAACAACACAACAAUUGAAAAUGAAGACCAGAAGUUUUUUCGAUUGGCAAAGGAAGCAUUAGUAGCUACUGCUAAGGGAGUGAAAACCAGCCAUUCUAAUAACAAAUUUGGUAAUACUUUUAAAAUUGGUAUGGAUCAUAGCGAGAAUAACCAAAGUGAUGGAAAUGAAACUGUAGUUGAUUCUACAAUUGAAGAUUUAUUAAGAAGAUUACAAUAUGCUAGUGCUCCUCAUGGUAAUCCUAUAGGUCAAAUAAGUGCACGUCAAACUAAUUCUAAAGGAUUACUUGAUGUACAAAAUGAAUAUUCCAAUUUCCCAGAUUUACAUAAUAACAAUUUUUUCCGUAAUUCUGUUACCACCACCACUACUGAUUCCAAAGUCAAGAAUAAUAGUAAGUUUAGUAGUAACCAUCAUCAUCCAUCAGGAAAUGAACCAGGAUGGAGUUUUUUAAUUGAUGAACCAUCAACAAAAGCAACAUCAAGUGUUGUUUCUAACACUACACCAUCAACAAUAACAACCAAUAUAAUACCUGAAUCAGAAUCAAAAUUGAAACGAGAAUCAAGUAUUACCAGUAUUAUCAACCCCUCAACAACAACAGAUAUAAACUCCACAACUAAUAACGACAGCAAAAAGACAUCCACGAAAAAUAGAAAAUAUUCUCAAGAUCCUACAAGGAAAUUCCCCUGUGAUAAAUGUCCCAUGUCAUUUCGAAGAUCUUCAGAUUUAAAACGUCAUGAAAAGCAACAUUUAACUAUCCCACCAAAUAUUUGUCAAUUUUGUGGUAAAGGUUUUGCAAGGAAAGAUGCUCUUAAGAGACAUAUUGGUACUUUGACAUGUAAAAGAAAUGCUGAUAAGAAAUUAUAUAUUGACAAUUUAAAUUAUCUAAAUAAUCCAAGUCAAGAUGAAGAAGAAGAGGAGGAGGAUGAAGAUGAAGAUGAUGAUGGAGAAGGUCGAUUGUGUAAGAAGAGAAGGAAAAGUAAUCAAACAAUCAAAGAAGAAAGAGAUGACGAUGAAGAAGAAGAUGAUGAUGAUGAGGAUGAAGUGAAACGAGAAUUUCCAACUUAUGGAUAUCAACAGAAUUAA